AUGGGCGCUGGAGACGCAUAUCAAUGCGCCUCAAACUCCCUAUUUGGGCCCCUCCAAGCCGAGCCUCCCCACUCGACCACAGCUUCGUCUCCGAACCAAAAAAGACCCAGUGGGCGUUACGGAGAAGCUGUCACGACGUUUUCUGAUAACAAAUCUAAUAAACGUCGGAGUUAUGCAACGCUCGUUUACCAAGCUCCUUCUGUCCAGAACGUAGAUUCUGGAAACAGAGUCAUAGACUGCAGCGAGAGAGAUACAUUUGAGAAGAGCAAAGUGCUGCAGUGCCACGCUGUAGCUACAGGUCUUUAUCACGAAGAAUCCGUGUUACUAAAUGGCGACAACACUACAUUCCACGCACCGAAAAGCAGAGCGUUCAUACACGUAGAAAUACCUGACAGAUUAAGCUUCCACGAGCCCACGCAACACGCACAGCACGGGCCGCAUUGCGUGACGUAUCAAACCCAAGAAUCAUCACGCAAUUCAUGCAAGUCACAUCAACAGAAACAAAAUAUGAAUGUAGAUAUUUUUCCUGCUAGUGAAUCUAAAGUUCACUCGAAAGUUCGGAAGUCAGAUGCGGAGAAAAGUCGAUUUUUGUGAAGCAUUAAGAAAAAAUUUGAGAUCUUAAGCAUCACUAUAUAUAAAAUCACGUGCGUUGAUAUUUCAGUCGCAUUAAUCACCAUUUUCACGUAGUGCAUCUACAUCAUAUUUCAUACAAAACUCUUGAAAGAUAAUCAUACAUAAAAAACCGGUAAGACCAAACCA